AUGUCAAAAGAAAUGCAAGAACUACAGAAACAAUGGCACUCCAUGAUGCAAACCAUCCACACCAACUCCAAUGUUGUUUCUUUUAUGAACUCUCGAGUUGGCCAGUACUUAGAUGAUCAUCCUUUUGUCGCCCUGUCACUGUUGGUGUUUAUUGCAGUAUCUGCUAUUCCUGUUGCAUUCUUUCUGAUAUUUGUGAUUUCAACAACCAUAGUGGCCUGUAUGGGGGUUAUCGUCAUUGAAGGUGUUGUCAUAUCAGUAGGUGGCAUAGCCCUUCUUUGUGUGCUGAGUGGCCUGGGCCUCCUUUCAUUGGCAGUUUCUGGAGUCCUGAGUAUUUGCUACAUAGCUCUUUCAACUCUCAUCAACUACUGGCAUACUCCAAACAGCCUGGUAAAGAAGCAAGAAGCUAAUGGAAACAGUUUGCUACAGAGUAGUCCUCCUGUCUUGGACCCUUCUAACAAGAACACGAAGAGCGAAUGA